CACUUUCUUUAAUUCCAACGAGCAAGGCACAAUUAAAUAUUCGUAAAGACACUAUACUCCGGGUAGGUGAUAGCUUGGUUUUUACAGUUCUCCUCCAUGUAUGUUUGGUGCAUGGUGUCCGUAAUAAUCGGGGGGUUUGCUGGCCCCACAAAAGUUUUCGGCGCUCCAUCCCGUAGUAACACCUCCACGGUCACUUCGCCCAGGGACGACUGGGCUGAAGGGCUGCAGCUUGCAAACGCUACCACCAAAGCGUACAAAGCUCUUCAAGGCCAAACCGAUAAUCUGGUGAAGGAAGACGCCAACCAACUUUUGGAGUCAUCCCUCCUCCUCUUUAAUGGAAAUACAACAAGUCUGCGAGAUAACGGGACACGAUUUCAAACGGCCAUUGACAAAUUGGAGGACACCACCAUUCGUUUGGGAACAAAACAGGGAGACAUCGGCACAUGAAUUACGACAGACCUGCGACCAGCCAUUGGAACAAUACGAUCCGACAUUAAUAAAUAUUCACAAAAUGUAAAUACAUAUCGUUCUGACCUUAUUGGAAUGGAACACCGCCUAAUAAAGAGGUUUGAGAAACUGGAGAUAAGACUGGGUACGAAGGUGGACAGCGUAAAUGAGAAGCUGGGCACCGUGGAUAAGAAGCUGGACAGCGUAAUUUCGAA